CGAGGUUUUGCCCCUCUCCCAAGAACAAUCAGGUUUGACAAUUUCUUAUAAGAGGCGCAUUGAACUGGCCUUCAAUUGAACUACAACUCGGCUGUUUUGGUACAAUUGACUCCCUAGGUCAAUCUUUUUUUCUCUCCAUCUUAACCUUGGUUGCUCUCGUUUGAAUCCACUCUCAUCAUCUCCCUUCCCUUCUUAUAGUUCAUCGGGCAUACUAUCUGCCUAUCUCUCUCUCUAUCGCCAUCUCAUCCCACCCCGCCGCCGCCGCCCACCAUGUCGUUCUUCAUUGAAAACCCCAACGUCGGAGACAGAACUUCCUUGGAAGACUCAAGAAUUCGCGGAUACAACCCCCUAACUCCCCCCAACCUUCUUCAACAUGAGAUCGCCUUGACGGAUAAGUCGAGACAAACGGUCCUCGAAGGCCGUGAGGAGGCCACGGCCAUCGUUCAAGGCACGGACACCGACCGGCACCGCUUGAUGGUCGUCAUCGGACCAUGCUCGAUCCACGACCCGCAAAUGGCCCUCGAAUACUGCGAUCGGCUGUUGACGUUGAAGGAGAAGUACAAGGACGAGCUGCUGAUUGUCAUGCGCUCCUACCUCGAGAAGCCUCGGACUACUGUUGGCUGGAAGGGUCUGAUCAAUGACCCGGACAUUGACAACAGCUUCAAGAUCAACAAGGGUCUGCGCGUCUCUCGCCAGCUCUUCGUCGACCUCACCAACAAGGGCAUGCCGAUUGCCAGCGAGAUGCUCGAUACCAUCUCCCCGCAGUUCCUGGCCGACUGCCUGUCGGUCGGAGCCGUGGGGGCUCGCACCACGGAGUCGCAGGUCCACCGGGAGUUGGCCUCGGGUCUGUCCUUCCCCGUCGGGUUUAAGAACGGCACCGAUGGCUCGCUGGGCGUGGCAGUGGAUGCCAUUGGCUCCGUCAAGCACCCCCAUCACUUCCUGUCCGUCACCAAGCCCGGUGUCGCCGCCAUCGUCGGCACCGUCGGCAACCCGGAUUGCUUCGUCAUCCUCCGCGGUGGCACCAAGGGUCCCAACUACGACGCGCAGAGCAUCACGGAAGCCAAGGCGAAGCUGGCGGCCCAGGGCCUGCCACCCCGUCUGAUGGUGGACUGCAGCCACGGCAACUCGCAGAAGAACCACAAGAACCAGCCCAAGGUCGCCGCUGUUCUGGCUGAGCAGAUCGCCGCGGGCGAGACCGCUAUCAUGGGUGUGAUGAUUGAAAGCAACAUCAACGAGGGUAACCAGAAGGUCCCUCCCGAGGGCAAGGCCGGCCUGAAGUACGGUGUCAGUAUCACCGACGCCUGCAUCCACUGGGAAGAUACGGAGCUGGUGCUGGAGAACCUGGCCCAGGCGGUGCGCGCUCGCAGAGAGAAAUUGACCUCUUCUCAGUGAGCGGCUCUCGCCCGAGUUUCUGUAUUGUUCUGAUGUACGACUCUAAUUGGUUUGGGGAGCGGGGUUAAACACAAAAGUGAUCUACGAGUUUCUAUUGUAUUGGAUCUUUUUCUACGCCCUUGCGGCGGGUAAUAAGCUAGGUAAUGAAUAUCAAUGAAUACUAUGUUGAAUG